CGAACAUUGUGGUACGAAAGUACGAUAUACGACGAUGCGAGCGAGCUCUCCGCUCCACACCUUUAUUUUCUUUGGCUUCAAUACUAUGCCACAGCAGCGCAAUCUGAAAGUUGCCAUUUUGCAGUUGAUAACGCGUCUUAGCUAUUUUAAUCCCAGUUACUCGCUUUCCAAGAUGUAUAUAGAGUUGCGAGUUCCCCCUUCAACUGCCUUUCCACCCAUCCGACCCCCAGCCACUCUUCGAAUAUAAACAAAAUACUUUCUCUCCAUCAUCCCAAGACAACCUGGCAGACACUUGACGUUGCUUGAUUACGUCCUCCCCAGCAUUUCAAACACUUCAAAGCCCCUGGCGAUUGCUUGAUUACUCUCAGAGGUCUCGAAGCCUUUCACAGCCUCCUAGUGUCUCUUGCUCAACAUGCUUUCCUUGAUUCAGCGGCUUGUUCCAGGAACGAAGUACCUUCUCUACCAUUACAACCCCAAUAAAGUCGCAGCCAUAGUACUCAUUGCUCUUUUCGGCAUCACAACGUUUCUUCAUAUUUUCCAAUUGACCAGAAAGAGAACCUGGUACUUUAUCCCCUUCGUCAUCGGCGGUCUCUUCGAAACAAUUGGCUAUGUCGGCCGAGCCAUCUCCGCAACGCAGUCUCCGAACUGGUCAACGGGUCCCUACAUCUGCCAAAGUCUGUUACUGCUCUUGGCACCCGCUCUCUUCGCAGCUUCCAUAUAUAUGGUGCUUGGGAGGAUAAUCGUCUUAACAGAUGGAGAAACGCAUUCCCCAGUCAGGGUGAAGUGGCUCACCAAAGUUUUCGUUGCUGGAGAUGUCAUAUCUUUCCUAGCACAGUCCGGAGGAGGAGGAAUGCUAGCCAAAGCCACCAGCGACAGCGGUGUCAAGCUCGGACAGAACAUUAUCACCGGUGGUCUGGGGAUUCAAGUCCUCUUCUUCGGACUUUUCAUCCUCGUUGCCGGGAUCUUCAACUACCGCCUCCGCGCUAUGCCCUCCCUUCGCUCUAAGCAACUCUCCGUCCCAUGGCAAAGCUACCUCUUCGUCCUCUACGGCGCCAGUUUCAUGAUCAUGAUCCGUUCCGUGUUUCGUAUCGUGGAGUAUAUCAUGGGUCAGGAUGGGUAUUUGUUGGAUCAUGAGGUCUUCCUUUAUGUCUUCGAUGCGGCGUUGAUGUUUUUGACGAUGGUGUUGUUUAAUGUUUAUCACCCCAGUAGGAUUAUUAAUAAAGGUGAGAUGGAACAUCAUGGGAGGGAUUUGGAGUCGAAUGAUAGUGGGUAUGCGAUGGCAGAUCAGACUAAGAGGAUGACACCGAGGUACUGAGGGGUUGGAUUUGAGGUUGGAGGGAUUGCAUGCUGAAGGUGCGAGCACUGUCAGUUGGCAAGGAGGCAAGUGACGGGCUCCAAGGCUCAAUGAGAAGAUAGAUGGGGAAUCUGGAGCGGGGAAGUGAUGGCAUUCAGCGGCGUUUUAAAGGUUCGCGGAUUAUAAGGGUAUUAAUUGGCACGACUUCCUUUGUCACGUCAUGUUGAUAAACUUGCAUCGUUUUAGAUUAUUUCCCAACAGAUAUGGCUUCGCGGAAAUGUAGAAUACUGUUUAGACAGGC